UGGAGAGUCAUGAGGGGACAGCGCUUGCAGUCAUUCUUCUCUUUGGUGAUCACUCUCUUAUUCUUGGGGAGCCUGAUGACCACUCUCAUCUGGUACAUGGUCGACACCAAUAAUGUGGAACCUCAAAGGCCAUCUCCUCAAAAGAAAAGUGACCCUCAGCCGUCUAAACUUUGUAAAGGCUGCAGGGAGGUCAUCAACAAAGUAAUAGAGCGUUACUCUAAAACCUGGAAGAAGCAGGAGGAAAAUUACCAAAAAUUCAGAGAUCAGCUGAGCAGCAAGUGCCAUGGUUUUGACAAGGCCAUCAUUACCCAGGCCAACACUCCAGUGGGAGCAAAGCUUGUGUAUGACGGAGAAAAGAAGAGGACCCUCCAGGUGACCCCAGAGAUUUUUAGCACCUUUGCAAAGGAGCAUCCGUUCCAAAACAAAAUAUGGGACACGUGUGCUGUUGUUGGGAACGGUGGGAUCCUGACCAACAGCAGCUGUGGGAAGACGAUUGAUUCAGCUCAGUUUGUUAUGAGAUGCAACCUACCUCCCUUGGACAAAGGCUAUGAGAAACAUGUGGGCAUCAAGACUGACCUUGUGACAGCAAAUCCAAGCAUCCUCUUAGAGAAGUAUGGGGCUCUGAUGGGGCGUCGCCGUCCGUUUGUGGAGAGUCUGCGUAGCUAUGGCAACUCCCUGCUACUCCUUCCCGCCUUCUCCUUCGGCAUCAACACUCCUGUGUGUCUGCGGGCCGUCUACAGCAUUGAGGACUUUGAAAGCCCCGCCCGGCCCGUCUUCUUCAACCCUGAGUACCUCCAGAAUCUGAUCCUCUUCUUGCACUCCCAAGGCCUUCAAGCACCACGGCCCAGCACCGGCAUGAUGAUGGCUAGCAUUGCGCUGGAACACUGUGCCAAUGUGCACCUGUAUGGGUUCUGGCCCUUCAGUAAUCACCCCCACAGACUCCACGCCCUGACUAACCACUACUACGAUGACAGACAAACUACAAAAUUGCACACCAUGCCGGCAGAGUUUGACCUCUUGUUGCAGCUGCACAGUCAGGGGGUGCUCAGGCUUCACCUGGGAGAUUGUCCACCAGGUGAAAGGUAGUUCCCAGACCCAGGGGCAGCUGACAGGACAAGCGUAAAGUGCCUCGUUUGUAGCCCGGUUGCUGAUGAAGUUUUUCAUGUAAUUUGGAAUGAAUGGACAGAUCUCUUUUUGCUGAUGACAUGUGUCCAAGCAAGGUGGAUGCUUGGACUUACAGUAAAUGCUGAGUUGGCCCAUAAGCAGCAAAGACAAUUGCACUAAAAACAAAAUACAACAAUUCUAAUGCUGUUAACAGGGAAUCGAGGAGGCAAUUUAAGAGACUUGGGGUACAUCCCAAGGGGAUUCCCUCACUUGCGUCGUUUCCUUGCGUCUUAGUCCCGCCCACCAGGGAUGCAUGGAGAGACGCAAGGAAACCAGGCAAGGAGAGAGGAAACGAGGAUAUGUGUUUUAAGAAACAUAACACCUCCUUUCCUCUGUAGCGUCACGUGAAGCGACGUCUGUUUCUGAUGACGGCGGCCGCUGAUCACAGCUGAUGAGCUGUCAGUCCGCUUUAACAGCUGGAGAGACUUUUGAUUUUAUGUCUGCACACAUUAUCACUGUACUAAUAUUAAUAAAGACACAAAGUAAUCAUCACUGUUCUAGUAUUAAUAAAGACACAAAGUAAUCAUCACUGCCAGAGUAUAAAUGUAUUUCUCUCUGCAGCCUGUUACUGUCACGGAGUGUGGUGUGGACCCAAAAGCAGAACGACCAGGAGACAGAUAAAGUUCUGGAGCUUUAUUCAAAGCGGAGAACUCAGACAGGCAGGAUAUGACUCACAGAGGUGUAAUAUAAAAUAAUCAUGACAGCAGUAUUAACCAACACACUUCACCUUAUUACAGCAGUGUUAAACAACACACUUCACCUUAUUAGUGAUAUAGGAUAGCCAUGACAGUUGUAUUAACAAACAUAAAGUAACCAUGACAGCUGUCUUAACAAGCACGUUUUACUUUAUUACACGUAAGCUCAGGCACUCAGAAAGAGUGGAAAGGUGCUGCAAAAGGUCAGAAACGGCGUGGGAGCAUCCCCGCGUCUACACACCAACCUUGAACAGCCACACCAGGCCAGGAAGGGCCUGAGAUACACACAUAUACAAAUGAUGAAUCAGUCACACCAGGCCAGGGAGGGCCUGACACACACACAUAUACAAAUGCACACCAGGCCAGGAAGGGCCUGACACACACACAAGAUGAAACAACCACCUGGCUUAAGGAGUAGGCAAAGUCGUACUUUACGAGGACAAUACCCUCUCUGUAGAAGACAGACAAAUAAUAAAGAUAAGGAGAUAGAACAGAUUGCCCAAUAAAACCCGUUCACACCAGAUGAACAUGUACACUCAACAUACACACACACUGAAAGAUGACAGCAACCAAUGGGACGUGAGCCAGUGUGGGCGGAUAUGCCCAGAGCUCCAACCAGGCCGCUUAUAGCUAAAACAAGCACCGCCUGCUACUUUAAUAUUUGACCAAUAGGCUCCCUAAAGGAGAACCUAUGAAAUCCGCUGCGCACCGUGUGUUAAGCGCCUUUUUUACUUUGGUACUCUAACUCUGUUAGACAUCCAUAAUUAGGACCGUGCACGUAUAAAUGCCGGAAAUGUAAUACUCUCACUAAGCUUGCAAUAAAGCGUUUUGACUUUAACUCAACUGUUUCUCUCUGGUGUCUGACGAA